AUGGCGGCACGCUUAAGCGAAGAACACAGCAGACAUAGCACAACCUGCUCCAAAAACGACUUUGCGCUGGCAACCUCCUCUGCUUUCCCGCCCUCUGAAAAACCGUUGUGCUCGCUUGACGUUACGACAACGGGCAGAGAGAUAAGCAAAUACUACCAUCGGCCGCAGGAAGUGACAGCUGCCCAUAAGGCCUGGCAAAGACUGGUUAAUGUCGACCCCGGAACCUUUGACCCGGAAGCAGCUGGUCGACGCAAACACGUCUUAUACCCACUCCUGGGCACAGAUGGCAUCCGUUGGACUUGGGACGGGGUGGCGGUCAAGCAGAAGCGACCGGAGCUCCGUAGCUGGCGUUUCACCUUCCAGCAAGAGCCGCGGGUGAUGUGUUGUCCUCUCCAAGAUGCCCAGCAACCCACCCCAGCUCUGUCUGAUGCCAGGCACAGACCCGGCGUGCCAUAA